AUGUUGGUUUACCAGAAUCUCCUUACGGGUAAUCGAGAAUGGGAUGCUAAAGUGGGUCAUGCAACCAAUCCUUCUGCCCAAGGUGGUGAUGACCAAGCUGUGAAGGUUGUUCACAUUGUCUACCCUUUUAGGCUAGAAGCAACACCUUCUGACAAGAAGCAGUUUGUCGUGUUCAUGAACAAGUUAAUCAAGAACUUGACAUCGGAAUUGGAUGCAAAGAAGAAAGAGACCUUCAAGAAAAAUAAUGAGGGAGCAACCAAGUUUUUGCUUUUCAAACUAAAGGACUUUCAAUUUUUGUCCGAGACGACGGGUGAUCAAAGGGAAUUUGUUGUCAAAUGA